AUGAGCUCGGUAGCGAACGAGAUGUAUCCCAAGAUGGAGUGGAGCAGCUCGCUGGAUAUCCCGCUGAAGGCCUCGGAGGAGCUGGUCAGCAUCGACCUGGAGACAGACCUGCCGGAUGACGCCGCGGACUUGAAGACGCUGCUGGUGGAGGAGAGCUCCGACAAGGAGCACUGGCUCACGAUCGCCAUCGCGUAUUGCAACCAGGGCAGGACUAGCCAGGGGAUCAGGCUGAUCGAGCUGGCGCUGGACGUGUUCGAGGGCGCAGGCAAGGCCUCGCUGCACACUUUCCUGACGUGGGCGCACUUGAAGCUCGCAAAGGAGUCCACCACUAGCGCAGAGACCAGGGAGCACGAAUUGACGCAGGCAGAAGUGCACUUGCGCGACGCCAUCGGUUACGACCCCACCUGGGUCGGGAACAUGCUCGCAACCGUCGACCUGUACUACGAGCGUGGGAACUACGACAAGGCUUUGGAGACUUGCGACCUGUUUGUGAAGUCAAUCUACGCAGAAGAUAAACGUACCGGGCGGAUAAGUAAACCCAACGCAAUGUUCAUCCUGCUGAGAGCAAAGCUGAUGUACCAGAAGAAGAACUACGUGGCAAGUCUGAAGCUUUUCCAAGAACUGCUGGUUAUCAACCCGGUAUUGAAACCAGACCCUAGAAUUGGUAUUGGUAUGUGUUUUUGGCAACUGAAGGAUUAUAAGCUAGCCAUCCAAGCAUGGGAAAGGGCACUGCAACUUGACCCAAACAAUAAACAGGCAUCGAUACUGGUUCUGUUGGGUAAAUUCCAUAACUCAUUAACAGAGGCUGAAAAUGAUGAAGAUUUCAAGGAGAAAUACGCGGCCGCAUUGGCAGACCUUAACACUGUAUAUACAAACUCAAAGGAAAGUCCAGUGCUGUUAGUGCUGCUUCAAACAUUCUUCUUCUUUAAAGGUGACUACGAGAAGGUUAUCACUAUACAUGACCAGAAGAUUUCCAAACUAUCAUUUCUAGCUCCUGAAUCAGUGUACUCCGAAUCAUUGUUCUGGUGUGGCAGAGCAAGCUACGCCAUGGGUGACUAUAGGAAAGCGUUUACCAUGUUCCAGGAGAGUUUAAAGCGUGACGAAAAUAACCUGCUUGCUAGACUUGGCCUGGGUCAAACUCAAAUUAAGAACAGCCUGGUGGAAGAGAGUAUACUAACCUUUGAGAGUUUAUACAAGGCGAACGAGAAUGUGCAGGAACUGAACUACAUUCUUGGUAUGCUGUACACUGCAAAAUGUAUUGCUGACCCGGCUAAAAAUAACGACAGCACAGGAAAUAAGCAAAAGAACCUUACUGGUGCAGAACUGGUUAAGAUGAUUGGUAAAGCUCUUCAUUUCUUAGACAGAUAUAUUAAAUUAACUGCCGCUAAGAAAAAUCAGAUGACUGUGCCGCGCGUACACCUUGUAAUGUCACAACUUUAUGAACUGCAAAGUCAAUAUCACUUGGCCUUGGAAAGCUUAGAGAAGGCUAUCGAGAAUAUAAAGUUCUUUGAUGGAGAAAACGGUGUACCUCUAGAAGUACUAAACAAUCUAUCCUGUUUAUAUUUUAUUACAGGUGAUUACGAAAAAGCACAAAAAUACCUUGCAUUGGCUGACGGUCGUCUCUCUCAGAGUUCCAAUGAUGGCGCAGAAAAGCUUGUUUUGAACUAUAACGAUGCUCGUAUUUUGGAAGCUAGUGAUGCAAACACUGCUCUUACACGCUAUGGAUCUAUUCUGGGGAAACAUCCAGGUCAUGUUGCAGCCAAAGUUAGAGAAUUAUAUCUGACACUAGAGAAGACUGGUGUAGAUAACUCUGAUGAAUAUAAGAGAUUAAGCGAAGAAGUUGAAAACUUGGUUGAAUCUGAAAAGGAUAAUCUUGAAGUUCGUGCCUUCUAUAGUUGGUUUUUGAAGCGUUCAGAAUUGACGGGCCGUGCAGUUGCAGAAAAUAACGCCAAGGAAAGUGCUUUCAAUAGAGACACAUUGGUCAAGUAUGACUCACACGAUAAAUACGCUCUUAUUUCUUUGGCUAACUUGUAUGUUACUCUAGCCCGGGAUGCACGUCACAGUAAAUCUUCCAAGGAUCAAGAGAAAAGUAAGCAAUCUUUCUUGAAAGCAACCCAACUAUACCAGAAGGUACUACAACUAGAUCCACUGAACGUUUUUGCUGCUCAAGGUAUUGCUAUAAUGUUUGCUGAAAGUAAGAGGAUGGGACCUGCUCUUGAAAUUCUUCGGAAAGUAAGAGAUUCAUUGGAAAACGAGGAUGUUCAUGUGAAUAUAGCUCAUUGUCUAUUAGAUAUGCGUGAGUAUGUCAAGGCCAUUGAAGCAUAUGAGUUUGUAUUGAAGAAAUUCUGUACUGAUAAUUCUAGUAUGAAUAAGUCAAGAGUAUUAAACCUGCUUGCUCGUGCAUGGUACUCUAGAGGUAUGAGAGAGCGUUCUGUCCAAUUCUUUCAAAACGCUCUAGAAAAGGCAUCAGCAGCUCUCGAGACAGAAUCGACCUCUAACUUCAAGAAUCUGAGAUUCCUAGGUGUUCUUAAAUAUAACGUUGCACUUUUACACUUCCAGAUUGCUGAAACUCUAAGAAGAACUGGUCCAAUGCUUCGUACUUCUGCAGGUAUGAAAGAUGCAUUAGUUGGUCUAAGUGAAGCCCUUGUUCUUCUUAAGGAGUUGUUGGAGAGCGAUAACUUCAAGACUGUCUCUAAAGAAGAACUGGAACAACGUAUUCAAUUGGGUGAGACGACGAUGAAGAGUGCGCUAGAACGUGCUGUUAUUGAACAGGAAGCGUUUGAAGAAGACCAAAACAAGAAAAUUGAGGAAGCUAGAAUACAACAAGCCAAAGCUGGAGAAGAAGAAGAGGCCAAACGCAAAAAGGCCGAGGAAGAAGCAAGAGCAGCCGAGGAGAAGAAGAAUGAGGAGUUCCGUAAAUUGCAAGAGGAGGCUCGUAAACUAAUGGAGGAGCGUGAAUCUUACAUGGUAGAUGAAAAGGACGUAAAUGAUCUAUCCGAAGAAGAUGGUGAUUUUGGCGGAGAUGAGCCUGGUGCUUCGCCACAAAAGAAGGACAAGAAGAAGAAGGCCGGUACAAAGAAGAGAAAACGCUCUGAAUCAAAGCCUGGUAAAAAGGCUAGUGCUGCUGGUGAACUGGGAUCCGAAGAUGAGGACGAGGCUCAAGUAACUAGCGGAAGAAAGCGUAAGAAGCCAGCUCUAUCAGAGGAAUUCAUUGCGGAUAGUGAUGAGGAAUUGAGCAGCGCAAAGAUGAGUGAAGAUGAAGAAGCAAAGAUGAGUGAUGAAGAAGAAGCUAAGAUGAGUGCAGGAGAUGAUGAGGACGAUGGUCUCUUCUAG